CCCACAGGGCCACAGCCAUAAUAAUAUUUGUGAUAAGAUGCCUGUGGUGUUAUCCGGAAUGGCUUCACUUAACGCUACUGCGAGCCUCCUCCCACUUUCGAAGCACCGCGAAAGGCUGACGUGCGCAUCUUCGUCACCUCUGGUAUGGAAGAAACAGAGCCGAAGAGUGAUCUCUGUCUCCUUCCUCCUCUCCCGCCUCCUUCUCCUCCCUAACGAUGCCAUGGCCAGUAGCUUGAUUGAUAAGUAUGUCAAGAGGAAAAGACUUGAUCCACUUGAAGCAUAUGUACCACCAGUCAUUCUAGCUCAGCUUCAAUUUCAAGAUCUUGAGAAAAUUUUGAGCGUGGAGAAGCCUGAAUUCGAGGCAUGUAGAUCGGUACUCAGGUCUGGACCUGCUAGUUCCUUGCGUGUAAACAUUCGAGCCGUUGCUCAGUACGCUUCAGAUGCUGGUUAUUCCCAAACCGCGUCUAGUGAUGUUGAUCGCUGUCUCAGAGCACUGGAAGAAAUGGAUUCGCUGUUUCUACGUGCGUCGAGGAAGGACCCAAACGCAACUGUUGAAUUGAUGAAGUCGCAGCUUGGUACGGCGUUAACAGCACUAGACAGCCUUUUACAAACAGUUCCUUCUGAAGUUCUUGAUAAAGGGAAAGCUAUGGUUGAAGUGUACAGAUCACCAUUCGAAGAAGACAAUGUUUCAUCAGACUCCACUGAGAUACAGCAGCUCCAGUCAAUACUGUAAACUGACUUUUAUUAGCCAGACACAGUUCUGACUCCCUGUAUCAUCCUAUAUUGUUAACCUGUAUUGAAGUAUAACAUUGCUUAUAGUAAAACCUGAACAGGGGGCUGCUAAUGUAAUUCUCUCCUAGAAUAAGUUUCACCAUAUUGCUGUUGAUAAUCUUUUAUCCUAAAUUUUUAUGUCCUGACGUU